GCCUCCCGCUGCCGCCGCCUGGUCAUCGAGCGAGACAAGAACGGACCUGAAUCAACGUUUCUUUUAUUUUAACUCGUUCCUGCUUACCCGAAAACGAGCUGUUUUCCUCCAGUCUGCCUGCCGGGGCGAGGCGAGGGGCGGCCAUGGCGCUGGUGCCCUACGGCGGCGGCGGCGGCAGCGGGGCGCUGCGCGGCCUGCACAGCCCCACCGCCGCCUUCCGCUUCGCCGGCCGCCCCAUCCGCAUCGAGCAGAGCUGGGCGCAGCUGGGCGUCGCGGCCGUCGUCUGGGACGCGGCCGUGGUGCUGUGCACUUACCUGGAGACGGGAGGCGUCGAUCUCCGAGAUCGGGCUGUCAUCGAGCUGGGAGCCGGGACCGGCCUGCUGGGGAUAGUGGCCACCUUACUGGGUGCUCGCGUUACCAUCACGGACCGGGCGGCAGCGCUGGCGCUCCUGGAGUCGAACGUCCGGGCUAACCUACCCGCCGAGCUGCAGCCGCGGGCUGCCGUGCAGGAGCUCACCUGGGGACAGGACCUGGGUCGCUUCCCUCCGGGGGCCUUCGACUUCAUCCUGGGCUCGGACAUCGUCUAUCUGGAAGAAACUUUUGCGGAUCUGCUGCAGACGCUGGAGCACCUGUGCGCGGAGCACACCGUCAUCCUGCUCUCCUGCCGUAUUCGCUAUGAGCGGGACCUCGGCUUCCUGGAGAUGCUGAGGGGCCGCUUCUCCGUACAGGAGGUCCACUAUGAUCCCAGUAAGGACGUACACAUAUACCAAGCACAGAGGGGUGGCCGCAAGGACGAAAUCUGACUCUCUGCUUUGUUAGUAAACCAUCGAUGCUGUUCAAUCCUCCCCUUGUUUCUACCAACUACGUUUGUUCCUAAGCAUAAAAUUGCAAAGACUGUAUUUUUGCACUGGCUCGUUGUCCGAUGUGGCAAGGAUUGGGCACGCUAGUGUUCUGCAUAUUGAUCCUCUGCUUAAUUCCUCAGUAUGAGAUGUAUAAAGUCUUCCACUGACCUGUUACCAAAUGUCAUUUCUUGAAGCUGAUUUAAGUUGUAGAAAUCUCUGUGCAUGAAAAACAUUAUUAAAAGAUCCGUUGUUUAAAAUCAAA